GGAAGGUGGUGUCCCCGGAGACGCGGUGGGCCGGGUCGAGCCAGCCGCCCUCCCGGCGGUCCCUCCGUUGCCUCUCGCGGUGCUGCCAAGCCACGCUUUUCAUCUUAGUUUUGACUCUUGGGUUCCAGUUACAGUACUCUAAGACUGAUUUCUAAAGGUACGGUUUUCACCCCACUUCAUCAACGCACAUAAGUUUUCUCCUUUUUGGACCUCUAUUUUAUACCACAAUGCAACAAGCUUUAGAACUAGCUUUGGAUCGUGCGGAGUAUGUCAUUGAAAGUGCCCGACAGAGACCUCCUAAAAGGAAAUACCUAUCUAGUGAGAAAUUAAGAAGAAAUGUGAACUUGUUAGAGAAGCUUGUUAUGCAGGAGACAUUGUCAUGUUUAGUGGUCAACCUAUACCCAGGAAAUGAGGGAUAUUCUCUGAUGCUCAGGGGAAAAAAUGGAUCAGAUUCUGAGACCAUUCGACUGCCUUAUGAAGAAGGGGAAUUACUUGAAUACUUGGAUGCAGAAGAAUUACCUCCUAUUUUGGUUGAUCUCCUAGAAAAAUCUCAGGUUAAUAUUUUUCACUGUGGAUGUGUCAUAGCAGAAAUACGUGACUACAGGCAGUCCAGUAACAUGAAAUCUCCUGGUUACCAAAGUAGGCACAUUCUCUUACGUCCAACAAUGCAGACUUUAAUCUGUGAUGUACAUUCAAUAACAAGUGAUAACCAUAAAUGGACCCAGGAAGACAAACUUUUGCUUGAGAGCCAACUGAUUCUAGCUACAGCUGAACCACUGUGUCUUGAUCCUUCUGUAGCUGUAACCUGCACUGCGAACAGGCUGCUCUAUAACAAGCAAAAGAUGAACACGCGCCCAAUGAAACGGUGUUUCAAGAGAUAUUCCAGGUCCUCUCUGAAUCGGCAGCAGGAUCUGUCUCAUUGUCCACCUCCUCCUCAGCUAAAAUUACUUGAUUUCUUACAAAAGAGAAAGGAAAGAAAAGCAGGUCAGCAUUAUGACCUCAAAAUUUCUAAAGCAGGAAACUGUGUAGAUAUGUGGAAACGGAGUCCCUGUAAUUUGGCCAUACCUUCUGAAGUGGAUGUGGAAAAAUAUGCCAAAGUGGAAAAAUCUAUCAAAUCUGAUGACUCACAACCAACAGUCUGGCCAGCCCAUGAUGUAAAAGAUGACUAUAUAUUUGAAUGUGAAGCUGGUAAUCCAUAUCAGAAAACAAAGCUGACCAUUUUGCAGUCACUUGGUGAUCCACUUUACUAUGGUAAAAUACAGCCAUGUAAAGAAGAUGAAGAGAAUGACAGUCAGAUGUCUCCAUCCCACUUCUCCACAGAUGAUCAUUCAAAUUGGUUCAUUAUUGGAUCAAAGACUGAUGCUGAGAGAGUAGUCAGUCAGUACCAGGAACUGGUCCAGAACGAAGCCAAAUGUCCAGUGAAGAUGUCGCAUAGCUCCAGUGGCUCAGCGAGCUUGAGUCAGCCUUCGCCAGGGAAGGAAACAGAACAGCCUGAGACCCUGUCAGUUCAGUCUUCAGUACUGGGGAAGGGAGUAAAACAUCGACCUCCACCCAUCAAACUUCCCUCAAGCUCAGGAAAUAGUUCCUCAGGUAACUAUUUUACACCACAACAGGUCAGCAGCUUUCUUAAAUCUCCAACUCCUCCUCCUGCUUCUAAGCCACCAAGUCUUUCUCGGAAGUCAUCCAUGGAUCUCAGUCAAGUUAGCAUGCUUUCUCCAGCUGCCCUGUCACCUGCCAGUUCAUCACAAAGAACCACGGCCACCCAAGUCAUGGCAAACUCUGCUGGACUUAACUUCAUCAAUGUAGUGGGCUCUGUUUGUGGAGCUCAAGCUUUGAUGAGUGGUUCAAACCCUAUGCUGGGCUGUAACACUGGUGCCAUAACUCCUGCAGGAAUAAACUUGAGUGGCCUUCUACCCUCAGGAGGUCUGCUACCAAAUGCAUUGCCCAGUGCAAUGCAGGCAGCUUCUCAAGCAGGUGUUCCAUUUGGUUUAAAAAAUACUUCAAGUCUCAGGCCCUUAAAUCUACUCCAGCUUCCAGGUGGCUCGCUCAUUUUUAACACACUGCAGCAGCAGCAGCAGCUUUCUCAGUUUACACCACAGCAACCUCAGCAACCCACAACUUCUAGUCCUCAACAGCCAGGGGAGCAGGGUUCUGAACAAAGUGGUACCAGUCAAGAACAGGCCUUAUCUGCUCAGCACACUGCAGUUAGUAACCUUGCUGGAGUAGGAAGUUACAUGCAGUCACAGGCAGCUGCAGCUGCGGUUCUUGCAGCAUCAGAUGGCUAUGGCGGCGGCGGCAGCAGCACAGACAGCUCAGCUACAUCGGCAUCGGCAUACAGGCAGCCAGUCAAGAAGUAAAACGAAGAGAGGCACGCCAACCACUCCAAAAUUCUGAGUCUUGCAUUAUUUUUUUUCUUUUUAAAAACGUAAGAGCA